AUGGCAUCACCUGAGGCAUCUGAAAUGAUCGCAAAUAUCGGAACACUCACCUUUGACGAAAUAAUUGAGUUCUUACCAGUAGCAAAGAGAAAGACUCAAGAAUAUAUCGGUAUACUCGCAAAAUCCACAGCAAGUGCUCGUCGUGAAGAAGAAAAUGCUCGCUCUACAAUCGCGUUGUAUGAGUCCUUCUCUGCAGAACGUCAAAGACAACAUCAACACCUUUUAGACUCCUUGUGGGAAUUACUCGAUGAAUUGAUUGCUUGUCGGACGAAGGGUGAAAAGGAUAUGCAUGGGUUCAUAAAGGAGUCUAUCAGCAUGGAGAAGGCAUGUAUGAAGCGGGUUAAGGAUUUGAUGAAGAAGGGAGAGAUUGGAAAGAAUAUUUGA